AAUUAAUUGUAAGUUAACAACUGUUAAGUCGAAAAAAGAGUAAGUCGAACACUUUGGAUUGCGACAAACCCGUUAAAUAGUUUAAUUUUGGAUAUUCGCAUAAACAAAAGAAAAGAAACAAAAAAAAUAUUCAUUGUGUUAUUGUCAUCAAGCUAAAUUACAAAAAAUCGGCCAUAAAAUGAUGACUUUAUACAGGACAUUGAAAGGAAAAAAUAACACGUACAAGAAGAAACGUGAUCGAAGCCUUGGACCUCACCAAAGCUCAACACUGCCACGUGAAAUGGUGUCUAGGCGUAAAAUAUUAUCACGAUCACGUGACGAUCUAAAUUUGGAUCAGGCUUACAUGCAAAUGGAGGAUGAGGAAGAUAUUUGGUACCAAAAAGAUAAACUAUUCAAAGAUCACAUACAAGAGGUACUUGGCAAGUGGACACAAAUAGACGACGAGAUUUGGGCAAAAGUAAUUGUUUUUGAGCGAAAUCGUCGUGUAGCUAAAGCUUAUGCACGAGCGCCUGUGCUGACAGUGAAUGGCUCUGAUGAUGGAUUUGAUGGAAUGAGAAUCGGUCUGUGUGGCUUUGACAAUCCAAUGCGAGACCACAAAACUGAUGAAUUGAAACGUCACAUCGGACAGGGUGUCAAAAUUAAAAUGGACGAUGCAGGCAAUAUUUUAGUUCGUCGUUAUUCUAAAAGUAAUGUUUAUGUUAAAAGUACAGCCAGUGCACCGAAUGAAGAGACGGCAAUAGGUAGUGAAGUGCUAAAGGCACCAAAUCAUUCCUUAGAGAUGGAUAAAGUUGUUAAGAUUUUUGACAUGAAGAAAUUUCAAUCAAAUGUACAUCGUGAAUUGAGCCGUUCAUAUCCAGACAGGCGACGUCUCGAGACGCAAUGUUUAUCUGUUCUAACAUUCGUAAAGUCUGAAACUGAUCUGUUGGAGUGUCCUAUUUGGGUAUUGAUUGUCAAUGUUGUUGCCAUGGAUAUGUUGAAGAGUAAAUUGCCACUAGUUCAACGUCCGUCAAUGGUUGACAUUAAGAACCGUCCAAGAAUUCCAAUCCCAGAUGAAGAUCCAUACAGUGUAGCUGGUAAUGGUGGUGGUAGUUCAGGAUCAUCUGGAUUUGGAGCAUCUGGGUCAUCAGGUGAGAUUGGCAGAGAUCGUGUUGCUGCUACACGCGAACAGCUUAUGAUACAAGCACAACAGUUUGGUAAUAAAAGGAGCGAAAAGCCUCCAAAAUUGCCGCCUCGGGAUAAUGUCUAUCACCAUGACAUGCCUAAACCUGACUAUGAUGACAUUGAGGACGAAAAUCGAAUCAAAUUAAUGGCGCGAGGAAAGUCUGACAAGGGCAAAGAUAAAAUGAAAUAUGAUGAUCCAUACUAUUGUGGUCUUCGUGCUCGCGUACCAAAUUUCGUGAAAGCCAACAAACCACCGAGUAGAAUAGUCGAUAAAAAUAGCAAUUACAUCAGCAAUAAAUUAGUAAAAGAGAAAGAACAUAGUAAGAAAAUGUCUGUGGCACCGCCAAUGAUGCACGGAAAUGGCAGAGACUUAUAUCAUCAUCAACAACUGCCGUCAUCUCAUCAACAGUCACAAUAUAACAUGUGGCAUGCCAAAAGUUAUGAAAGUGGAAUUGAUUCAGAGGAAUCACCUUAUCAGAUAUAUGGAAGAAUGCCAUUACCUACACGAGGCUACGUUGCUCAGCCGCGCAUGUAUGUUGGUGAUUGGGACUAAACUACAGCCUUUUAAUAAAAAAAUCCAUUUAGCCGAUAAAAUGAAGAGAGAGAGAAAAAAUCAUUUAAUUGAAUCAUCAUAAGGCAAGAAAUAAAGUCUUUUAGUUUAAAUAUCUGUAAUUAAAUUAAUGUUUAAUAAUAUUAUGCACUGAAGCUACAAUAAUCAAUAGCUUUAGCUAUUCGAAUUAAAAAGCAUAUAUGUACCAUAAAACCUACAGUAUUCAUAGAAAAAGAGCAACUUAUAGUUAAAAAUUUUGCAUCACAUUGUUAUUAAAAUGUAAGUCGACGUAAGCAUCAAAUUAGCUUUAAUUAUCUCUCAUUGAGUAAUAUAAGUAUCCACUUUCUAUUGAUUUUUUAAGAGCAUAUGUAUUUCCUCCUUUUGUCAAAAGCAUAAAAGAUGAUACAAUGUUAAGUUUAGAAUGUGAAUCAUUUAUGCAAAAAUGGAGCUUUUAAAAAGUUUAUUACAAUUUAUUUAAUUAAUAGCUUGAUUCCUUCUCAUCUGAACUUCCUUUUUGAAAGUUAAAGUCAAAAUAAUUUAAUUUGAUUAUUGAUUUUUUUAAUGAUCGAGAAUGUUUGGCUGAUUUUUUACUUAAUUAUAAUUAAAAUCAUUCUUCAUUGCUACUGAACAAACAUAAAGAAUCAAAGUCGAAAGUGAAAAUUUAAAAAAGUAAUUUAAAUUCUAGAGAUUAAAGAAAGGAAUGAAUUUACUAUUAAAAUUGUUAAGAACUUUACAUUUUGAUCUAUUAUCUAUGACAUUGUAUCAAGUGCAUAUUCUUAAUAUUCAUGUUAGCCAUUAAGUCUUGUGUAUAAAGAAGAAGAAGUAAAAAAAGUUGAUGAGAUCAAAGCGUUCUGUGUAGAUGGAACUAGAUUUUUAUUGAAAAAAAAAUAUAAAUAAUUAAAAUAUGAAAAAGAUUACUCCACGAUUUUCAUUGUCGAUGUAUUUAAAAUGUUAAUAGUGACUUGUGGAUAUCCACAAGUAAGCAUUCUCAUUUGGCAUUGACGUGAAGUCGACUAGAUAAUUAGUUGUAAAGAAUUCUUAAGGCUAAGAAGAAGAAAUUGUAAAUAUAAAAUGUGAAGCUAAAAUUACCAUUUUCUCUACCAAUUAGCAUGUAAAUGUUAAGUUUUAUUAUAAAAUGUCCAUGUAAAAAAAUUGUAUACAAAAACCUAAUUGACAAAUACUCAAAUAAGCAGCCUCGAUUCAUCAGAGACACAAAAACAUGCUUUUAUGCAUGAAAAAUGAACUUUUCUUAUUGUUAAAAAAUUUAAAUUUUUCGCACAUGUUUUGUGAAAUAUUUUUAAUUUUUUUUCUUUUCUUAUUUUCAUUUUCAUCGACAAAAUUUCAAGUUUUUGACUCUGAAACAUGCUGCAAAUAUUAAUUAAAAUUAUAAUAAAAAAUUAUUAAAAAGAUUCAUUUUUUUAUUUUAAGUUAGGCAAUAUUAAAGUGUUAAGAAAUUAAUUAAGAAAGAGAUUUAUAAAGAAAAAUAAAUAGUAAUUAAUAAUAAACCAUGCCUUUACACUUUUAUUCAAUUUGUUCAGCUCCACAUAUGUUGCAUUGUUACUUAACUAAUCUAAUAUAUCAAAUGUUUUCUUUUUCGCUUUUAAGACGAGAUU